AUGUCACUCCACCCACAGCAAUUGGUACACACGGCGUCCCUGCGGGACCCCGAAGGCUUUUGGUCUCACCAGGCAGAACAAUUGCACUGGCAUAAAAAGCCAUCGUGUGUCAUCAGCCACCAGUCUAAGACUGUGCCUAGCGGUGCCAACCAUGAUCAUUGGACUUGGUUCCCAGACGGAGAGAUCUCUACAACUUACAACUGUGUGGAUCGGCACGUUGAGAACGGGAAUGGAGAUAAUGUUGCAAUUAUCUGGGAGUCUCCCGUGACGGGGACCAAGGAGAAAUAUACCUAUCGACGGCUGUUGGACGAGGUAGAAGUUUUGGCGGGAGUGUUGAGGGAAGAGGGUGUACGAAAGGGGGACGUUGUCAUUAUCUACAUGCCUAUGAUUCCUCCGGCGCUCAUUGCUGCUUUGGCGAUCGCGCGCUUAGGCGCUAUACAUGCAGCUGUCUUUGGCGGAUUUGCAGCCAAGUCACUUGCGCAGCGUGUCGAAGCAGCCAAGCCACGCAUAAUUAUGACGGCGUCGUGUGGUAUCGAAGGAUCGAAAGGCCCUAUCGCCUAUCGGCCGCUAGUCGAGGGGGCUAUUGAACUGAGCCACUUCAAGCCGGAGAAAGUGAUCGUCUGGCAGAGGGAUCAGUUACGAUGGAACAACCCCGACAAGUUAAGCGGACAACGAAACUGGCAACGGCUGGUGAAGAGCGCGCGUAUGCGUGGCAUCAAGGCCGAGCCGGUACCCGUGAAUAGCACGGAUGGAAUAUAUAUAAUUUAUACUAGCGGCACCACGGGAUCGCCCAAAGGAGUGUUUCGAGAGGCAGGAGGUCAUGCGGUUGGACUCCAGCUUUCGGUUAGGUAUCUGUUUGACAUCCAAGGGCCGGGAGAUGUCAUGUUCUGCGCCUCCGACAUUGGCUGGGUGGUCGGCCAUUCAUACAUCUUGUAUGGACCACUCUUGGUUGGGGCAACGACUGUCCUCUUCGAAGGGAAACCAGUGGGAACGCCAGAUGCAGGCACAUUCUGGCGGGUCAUUGAAGAGCAUAAGGCCCACGUGCUGUUCACGGCACCUACAGCCAUGCGGGCCAUCCGCAAGGAUGACCCAGACAAUCGCUGCUUUAAAGAAGUUGCCCGACGUGGCGGUCUCCGACACUUUCGCGCACUGUUCCUUGCCGGCGAACGGAGCGAGCCCAGCAUUAUCCAGGCCUAUCAGGAACUCUUGAACCAAUAUGCCGCACCCGGUGCAGUGGUAGUGGACAAUUGGUGGUCGUCGGAGUCUGGGGCCCCCAUUUCUGGGCUGGCGCUGAGGAGCGCCGCUGCAAUAGCGUCAUCAUCGUACAGCAAUGAUAAAGUGAAGCCGUUGGCCAUCCGACCAGGAUCGGCGGGUCUAGCCAUGCCUGGCUUUGACGUACGUGUUGUGGACGACGAGGGAAAGGAGGUCCCUCAAGGUACGAUGGGCAACAUUGUGCUAGGCAUGCCACUGGCACCUACAGCAUUCACAAAACUCUUCAAUGACGAUGAGAGAUUCUACCGGGGCUACCUGCGUAGAUUCAGAGGACAGUGGAUCGACACAGGAGAUGCAGGUUUGGUUGAUACUGAUGGAUAUAUACAUAUCAUGGCGCGGUCGGAUGACAUCAUCAACGUCGCUGCACAUCGCUUCAGUACCGGUAGGCAUUGUCAAUGUGCCAUUGAGCAAGCGAUCCUUUCGCAUGCGCAAAUAGGAGAGGCCAGCGUGGUUGGCAUACCUGACACGCUGAAGGGACAUCUCCCAUUUGCGUUCAUCCAACCACGGACAGCAACCGGGCCCCUACCCGCGACGCCAGAGGCAGAACUGUUCCAGGAAGUGAAUCAGCUGGUGCGAGAGCAGAUUGGGGCGAUCGCGUCCCUUGGGGGUAUGAUUCAAGGACGGGGAAUGAUCCCCAAGACGCGUAGUGGAAAGACGUUGCGACGGGUGCUGCGGGAGCUGGUCGAGCAAGCUGUGCGCGGAGAAUACGAGGCGCCCGUGAAUGUACCACCGACGGUCGAAGACACGGAGGCAGUGGACGAGGCGCGACGACGGGUGCGCGAGUACUUUGAGCGACGGGAACGGGCGAAGCUAUAA